AUGCACCCAGCAGUCCGGAGGCCAGAGCAGGAAGCACUCAGGCGGUCUCCUCCCUCCAGCUGCUAUCUCUCCGGGCUCUGGGCACCUCUUGCCACUUCCUUCCCAGGGGAGCGGGUGGGAAACCAGAGCUGCUGGCAGGAGGCGCGCGCCUUUCAUCCACCCCGGGAUGGGAGCAAGUUACAGCGCCAGCGGCUUGGACGCACCUGGGAGCGGCAUAGUGCAUUUAUCGAGGGCUUUGGCGAAGGUCACCGCCAGCUGGGGGACAGAACGUGUAUUGUCGAGGGUGCCAGCCCAGUCUCCGCGGCCAGCCGGCUGCCCUGA